AGAUGGCUUUCGUCGAUUUGACGUGUAAACACUCAUUUCCAUUCCGCUGGGCAGGGCCGGCUGCGCUCGGCGGGCGGGGACGCCCCACGCUGCGCCCCGCUCUUGCAAGACACUCAGCCGGGCUCUGAGCGCGCGUGGCCUCCAGUCGAGCCAAGUCUCCAUCCAGCGUGCGUGGUCCUGAAGCUGCGGGACGGUGGUCGGGCUCCCCUGUUCUCCUUUGCAAGGAGCUGGGGCGGGAGCGCCAUGGCGCGGGGAGCCAGGACUCUGCAGCGCGCCGCGCUCGCCCUCCUGUGCGCCUGGUUGGCGCUGAGCAGGGGCGAGGCCAGGAGGCAAUUCGUGAACGAAUGGGCUGCCGAGAUACCAGGGGGACCCGAAGCUGCUGCGGCCAUCGCCCAGGAGUUGGGCUACGACCUUCUGGGCCAGAUUGGAUCACUUGAAAACCAUUACUUAUUGAAACAUAAAAACCAUCCUCGAAGGUCUCGAAGGAGUGCUCCUCAUAUCACUAAGAGAUUAUCUGAUGAUGAUCGUGUGAUAUGGGCUGAACAACAGUAUGGGAAAGAAAGAAGUAAGCGAUCAGUUCUAAGAGAGUCAGCAGUAAAUCUUUUCAAUGAUCCAAUGUGGAACCAACAGUGGUACUUGCAAGAUACCAGAAUGACUGCAGCACUCCCGAAACUGGAUCUCCAUGUGAUACCUGUUUGGCAAAGAGGCAUCACAGGCAAAGGAGUUGUGAUAACUGUGCUGGAUGAUGGCUUAGAGUGGAAUCACACAGACAUCUAUGCCAAUUAUGAUCCAGAGGCUAGCUAUGAUUUCAAUGAUAAUGAUCAUGAUCCAUUUCCCCGAUAUGAUCCCACAAAUGAAAACAAGCACGGGACCAGAUGUGCAGGAGAAAUUGCCAUGCAAGCAAAUAAUCACAAAUGUGGGGUUGGAAUCGCAUACAAUUCCAGAGUUGGAGGCAUAAGGAUGUUGGAUGGAAUCGUAACCGAUGCCAUUGAAGCUAGCUCCAUUGGGUUUAAUCCCGGACAUGUGGAUAUUUACAGUGCAAGCUGGGGUCCCAAUGAUGAUGGGAAAACUGUGGAGGGGCCUGGAAGACUGGCCCAGAAGGCUUUUGAGUAUGGGGUCAAACAGGGCCGCCAAGGCAAAGGUUCCAUCUUCGUCUGGGCCUCAGGGAAUGGGGGGCGGCAGGGAGAUAACUGUGACUGUGAUGGCUACACAGACAGCAUCUACACCAUAUCCAUCAGCAGUGCCUCACAGCAGGGCCGAUCACCCUGGUAUGCGGAGAAGUGCUCGUCCACCCUGGCUACCUCCUACAGCAGUGGAGACUACAGGGACCAGCGAAUUACGAGCGUGGACCUGCACGAUGACUGCACAGAGACCCACACUGGCACUUCAGCUUCAGCACCCUUGGCUGCGGGCAUCUUUGCUCUGGCCCUGGAAGCAAAUCCAAAUCUCACCUGGAGAGACAUGCAGCACUUGGUUGUGUGGACCUCUGAAUAUGAUCCACUGGCUAAUAACCCUGGAUGGAAAAAGAAUGGAGCAGGACUGAUGGUGAACAGUCGAUUUGGAUUUGGGUUGUUAAAUGCCAAAGCCCUAGUGGAUUUAGCUGACCCCCAAACCUGGAACAGUGUACCUGAGAAGAAAGAGUGUGUUGUGAAGGACAAUUACUUUCAACCCAAGGCCCUGAAAGCCAAUGGAGAAGUUAUCAUUGAAAUUCCAACAAAAGCUUGUGAAGGACAAGAAAAUGCUAUCAAGUCUCUGGAACAUGUGCAAGUUGAAGCAACCAUUGAAUACUCCCGAAGAGGAGACCUUCAUGUCACUCUAACUUCUGCUGCGGGAACCAGCACCAUUCUCUUGGCUGAAAGAGAGCGGGACUCAUCUCCUAAUGGCUUUAAGAACUGGGACUUCAUGUCUGUUCACACAUGGGGAGAGAACCCCAUAGGGACUUGGACUUUGAGAAUUACAGACAUGUCUGGAAGAAUGGAAAAUGAAGGCAGAAUUGUGAACUGGAAGCUGAUCUUGCAUGGGACCUCAUCUCAGCCAAAACACAUGCAGCAGCCCCGCAUGUACACGUCCUACAACACUGUUCAAAAUGACAGGAGAGGGGUAGAGAAGAUGGUCGACUCAGAGGAGGAGCAGCCCACAAUGGAGUAUUUAAAUGAAAACCCACAAACAACCAAAAGCCCAAGUCUCAGCAGUGUGGAGGAAAGAAAGGAAGAGAUGAUGGAGAGAAAUGCUUCUGAGGCUAUGCUUCGUCUCCUCCAAAGCGCUUUCACCAAAAAUCGACAGUCACCAAUGACAUCUUCAAGUUCAAAGCUCAGCAUCCCUUAUGAAAAUUUCUAUAGAGCCCUGGAAAAGCUAAACAAGCCUUCCCAGCUUAAAGACUCUGAAGACAGUCUAUAUAGUGACUAUGUGGAUGUUUUCUACAACACAAAACCUUACAAGCACAGAGAUGAUCGACUGCUGCAAGCUCUGGUGGACAUUCUGAGGGAUGAAAAUAGAAAUUAGUGUGUGGUUCUGAGAGGGAAAUAGUCAUGCUGCUUCCUUUCCCUUAGAUUUUGCCUGUAUCUGAAGUGAUUGCUUUUGUCAUUGAUUCUUAUGCAUAUAAUAUCUUUGUGGUAUCUUUUUGCUUUUCUCCCUCAAACUGGAUAUAUGGAUGGGAUGAGUUUAAGUAGUAAAUUCACCUUCCAAAAUUGAUCAUAGCUUUUUCCAAACAUGUCUUCCCUGCCUGCAUAUGUAAAACAGUUUGUUCUUCCUGGAACUACGAGUUCAUUACUCAUUAGAUUUCAAAGCCUCCUAGAGGCCUUUUCAUUUCAUUCCUGAAAAGAAUAAUCAUAACCUGUCACUAGGUUAAUUUGAAAAAGUAAUCUGCAAAAAAAAGUGAGAAGAUUUGUCCCUUCUGCAAGUGGUUAUUAGGAUUUCAAUAAGAAAGGAAGAGUUCACAACUAGACCAAUAGCCCAAGGUAUCUUCUACUCCAAGUGCUCUUCCUUUAGGAAGAAAAUAGCUGAUCAUCGGAGGGAGAUGGGCUAGUCAAGUCCAGAAAUGGACCUUAAAAUCUGCACUGUCUCUUGUGAACAAUUUAAGAAUGUUCUUCAUUUUUAAUAUACUAUAUGGAGAUAGAUUUAAAAGUAACUUGACCUGGUCUUCCUUAGUUUCCCUUUCAUCUGAAAUUGUACUGACGGUUUUUUUUUGCCUAUUUCCUUUUUUAGACAUGAUGAAAUACUGAGAGAACCUUUCUAGAACAAAGUUAUACUUGGUACUUGACAAAUACCCACUUAUAUUUUUGAAUAGUAGUGACAGGAAAAUUUCUCAGGCUACAAAGAACUACUGUUUUAACCAGAAAAUGAGGAUAAGGUGGCAAAACAAUAAGGUUUUGUUUGCUUUUAAUUGGAUGUACUAGGAUACUAUUUUUCUGGAUCUUUGAUAAUUCAUCCCUUAAGACCAAAGAUAUUCCCAGUCUUAUAUCUAGUAAUAGCCAAAUUCUCAGCAAAUUGCUUCUCAACUUCAACUAAGAGCAUAGAAGUUGGCAUCUAUAGGCUGCAUUUCACCCUCAGGUAAAUUUUGUUUGGCAUGUGAAAUGUCUCAAAAAUGUGAGUGAUUAUUAACAUGUACUUUCUAUCAUAAAACCCAAUUCUCAGGCCCAUCUUCCCUCCUGGCAACAGGUGGCAAGAGCUGAGUAACAGCUGGGUAGCUAAACUUGAAGGCCAGGUCCUGUGUUAUCCUGAAUAAAGUUGCUUAAGGCAGUCACCAUACUGGUCAGAAUUUAAUUAGCAUUUGAUUAUUCCCUUUCCUGUGCUAAAGAAACAUGCACAAAAUAUGGAUGCAUCAAGGGAAAA